AAAUAUCAUAAACUUAUAUAAGAAAUUUAGUUAGUUAUCAUGGAUUUAACAAACACAUUACAUGAUUCCUGUCCAGGAAAUCUUCAGAGCGUGUCUGGAUACCUUUUCCUUACUUUAAUUAAUACUUUGCUUGAAUCCAAAUGCCAACUCGGUUUAAAACAAGUGUACAAUGACAACUAUAGUCCAUUUAUUAAAGAUGGUGACGAAUUUGACUUCGUCAUUGUCGGUUCUGGAUCUGCUGGAUCAGUUUUGGCAAAUAAAUUAACCGAAAAUCCCGAAUGGAGAGUUCUAGUGCUGGAAGCUGGAGGAUAUCCCUCUGCAUCAAGUGACAUUCCCGCUGCAUUCGCGAGUCUCCAAGACACAGACGAAGACUGGCAGUAUAAGAUGGAACCAUCAGACACAGCAUGCCUGGGGUUUAAAGACGGAGUUUGUAGAUGUCCAAGGGGGAAAGUUUUAGGUGGUAGCAGUACUAUUAACGCUAUGAUGUACAUCGAGGGCAAUUCAAGAGAUUAUGAUCAAUGGGCUGAAAUGGGAAAUACUGGUUGGGAUUGGUCCAACGUGAAAGAACAGUUUCAAAGAUUACUGCAGAGUAUACCCGAAUGUAAAAAUAAGUAUAAUUUAGGAGAACCAAUCAUAAAUGCUUGGAAUGAAGCAAAUGAACUAUUAGGAUAUAAAUCUCAAGAAGAAUACAACCCAGAAGAUCCAAUAGGAACUGUAACUGGUAAUGUGUGUAUUCAGAAUGGACAAAGACAAAAUACUGCUAAAGUUUUUUUGGGAAAGUAUAAAGAUAGAAAAAACUUAUACGUAGCGACUCACUCAUUUGUGGAAAAAAUUUUAGUAGAUCCAGUAACAAAGACAGCAAGUGGAGUAAUAGCAAGAAUAAAUGGAAAAACACUGACAAUUCAAACGACCAAAGAGGUUAUUGUGUCAAGUGGUGCUAUAAACUCCCCUCAACUACUUAUGUUGUCAGGUAUAGGACCGAGAGAAAAUCUGGAAGAAGUAGGGAUUAAUUUAAUAAAAGAACUACCAGUUGGAGAGAACCUUCAAGACCAUUUAAUACACAUAGGGUUCGAUAUCGCUCUAUCUUUAGACUCAAUUAGACCAGAACACAAAACCGAAAAAAUUCUCGAUCAAUUAUAUGAGUAUUUCAUGCACCAGACUGGAUAUAUGUCUACAGUUGGUACAAUCAACUAUUGGACCUUCGUUAACACAAAAAAUAAUUCCGAAUUUCCAAACAUUCAGUAUCACCACACAUUUUUGGGCCAACAUAAUAACUUAAUGUUGCAAACAGUUUUUUCUAAGGCGAUGGGAGUAAAUGACGAAGUGCUUAAAAGCAAAUUGGAAUAUUUAAAAUCUAGUAAUUUAUUGGCGAUUUUUACAACAUUGCUUAAUCCAAAAUCAAUCGGAAAAGUUAUUUUGAAAAAACAAAAAUCCCCAAGACCACCCACUUAUUUUUAAUGGAUUCCUAUCUGAUAAAAAUGAUAAGGAUCUUAACACAAUGUUGGAAGGAAUACGAUUUUUGGAAAAAUUAAUAGAAACAUCGCCUGUGAAAAAAUUUCAUCCACAAAUAGCAAAACUGAAUCUACCUGCUUGCGACAAGUAUGAAUUUAGAUCAGAUGACUACUGGAGAUGUUCCAUACGGUAUCUUAGCGCACACGUAUAUCAUCCUACUAGUACUUGUAGUAUGGGUCCGAAAGAUGACGGCACCUCUGUAGUCGAUCCCAGAUUGAGGGUGCACGGAAUAAAAAGGCUAAGGGUUGCUGAUGCUAGCAUAAUGCCGAAGAUAGUUAGUGCUAAUACGCAUGCAGCUUCGAUGAUGAUCGGCCAAAAAGCUGCUGAGAUGAUUAAGGAAGACUGGAUAAAGAACCAUGAAGAACUAUAAAACUUUUAAAUCUUUUUUUGUUAAUAAUAUUUAAAUAAAUUGUUAUCUUUAGUCCCAAAUGGUUAUUUUUUUAAAGAUAAACCAACCAAUUAUAUUUUUGCUACUACGAAUUGAAAUAACAAAAC